UGCUUCUGUCUGCUGAAACGAGAGCAGCAAGGCGGCAGCGCAUGCACCAUGUCAGAGUACAACAAGCUGAAGAGCACGCUCCUGGAAAUGCAGCCGAAAGCGGUGGGGAGCGGCGAGCGGAGCCAGCAGCGAGACAUGGAGGAGAAGAGGGCGCUGGUGGACGCCAUGUUUAAAUACCUGGAUGGAAACGAAGACAGCCGGCUGACCAGCGACGAGUUGGAGAAGAUAUCGAUGAAGGAGCAGAUGGAGAGCAGCCUGUUGGAGUGCAGCAUGCAGGACCUGCUGCGCUACGACGACUACAACAACGACGGACAUCUGAGCCUCCACGAGUUCUACACGGCUUUCCAAGUGGUGCAGCUGAGCCUGGCGGAGGAUCAGCGGAUCAGCACCUCGACCGUAACGGUGGGCCUCAGCGCCGUCCUCACCUGCGCCAUCCAGGGAACGCUGCGCCCGCCCGUCAUCUGGAAGAGGAAYGGCAUCGUCCUGAACUUYCUGGACCUGGAGGACAUCAACGACUUUGGGGACGACGGCUCGCUGUACAUCACCAAGGUGACAACAAUCCACAUGGGGAACUACAGCUGCCAUGCCUACGGCUACGAAGACCUCUAUCAGACUCAUGUGCUGCAGGUGAAUGUCCCUCCGGUGAUCCUGGUUUACCCGGAGACCCAGGCCCAGGAGCCCGGCGUGUCGGCCAGCCUGCACUGCCACGCCGACGGCAUCCCCGACCCGAAGCUGCUCUGGCUGAAGAACGGCAUGGACCUGCAGCUCAGCUCCUCCACUCAGCUCUCCCUCAUAGCCAACGGCAGCGAGCUCUUCAUCGCCAGCGUGCGUUACGAAGACACCGGCGCUUACACCUGCAUCGCCAAGAACGAGGUGGGAGUGGACGAGGACAUCUCCUCUCUGUUUGUGGAGGACUCAGCCAAGAAAACACUUGCRAACAUCCUUUGGAGAGAAGAAGGGUUGAGUGUGGGAAACAUGUUCUACGUGUUUUCUGACGAAGGCAUCACCGUCCUGCAGCCCAGCGAAUGUGAAAUUCGGAGACACCUGAAGCGGACGGAGAGGAUCGUGGCGACCUACGAGGAGAUGUGUCCCAAAGGGGAGGGCGUGUCUCCGCAGCGCUGCGUUUGGUCUUCGGCCGUCAACGUCAGGGAGAAGUACAUCUACGUGACCCAGCCGCUCCAGAGCCGCCUGCUGGUCGUCGACAUCCAGGCCCAGAAAGUGGUUCAGGCGGUGCCAACAGACCCGUUUCCUGUGAAGAUGCUCUACGAUAAGUCACAUGACCAGGUGUGGAUUCUUACCUGGGGCGACAUGGACAAAACUCACCCAACACUCCAGGUAAUUCCUCAAGCCAGUGUGGGUGAAGUUCAUCAUGCCGUCCGAACCACUUUCCAAAGGGUGACGGACUUCUUCAUCCCUCCAACUAACCUCAUCAUAACUCACGUGAGGUUUGCAUUCGUCUUCCUGAAAGAUGAGCCGGCGCUCCACAAGAUUGAUCUGGAGACCUUCCACCGUGUCAAGACCAUCAGCCUGAAGAACUACAGCUGCAUCCCGGCCAGCAUGGCCUACACACACCUGAGCGGCUUCUACUUCAUCCAGUGCCAGAGCAAGAGCCUUCUGGGCGCUGCUGCCCAGCUCCUCGUCGACAGCGUGACGGACACCGUCAUCGGCCCCAAUCAGAACAUCACAGGCCAGGCUUACGUGUCGCCAGACGGUCGCUACGUCGUGACGCCGGACCCGAGGCGCUCCAAGCUGACGGUUCAGACGGUGUCCUUCCAGGGAGAGCUAACGCUAAACCAGGAAUUAGACGAGCCCAUAAGCGUCUCCGAUAUGGUUUUCCAGCCUUCUUUCACGGAAUCGAACCAACACAUGUUGGUGGCGGUGUCCGGGUCGGGCUCAGACCUGCUGUUUGCCGAUCUGUCAUCAGGAUGCACGGAGGUUCUCCGGAGCCUCAAAGAGCCCCUGGCCGCCCAGGCCUGGCCGUGGGGGGGGCCCAACAGAGUGAUCGUCUCCAGCGGCUUGUUCGGACAGUACCUGGUGACGCCGUCGGUUGAGUCGCUCUUCAUCCUGGACGGCAAACAGAGAACGCCGCACUGCGAGGUUUCAGACAUCAAAAGAGCCAACACAGUGGUCUGGGUUGGCGAGGUAUGAGUAAAAAAGAAAAGCCGGAAAAACGGAGACUUAGAAUUAGAGGUAAACGAGAAAAGGAGAAAUCAGGCCAAAUUACCUAUCAUUAAGAUUUAUGUGAACCCAACCUGGGACUGAGAGGGGAACCAUGCCUGAGAGAUGGAUCAAAAGUAAACCUAAAAAUAGAGAAAAUACUAAGAAAAUCUGUUGUGAUAUUUCUAUUGGGAGAAAGUGUCAAUGCCGUUCAGUGCAACAGUGAUCUAUGUGCACUUAACUAUACAGAAUUGUACAUUAUUGCACUUCCUUCCAUGUUAUCACAGCAAAUAGGUACCUGAAGAGGCGAAAGUAACAACUAUGAACUAUGCACAAUGCUCACUUUUUUUUAAGAAUAAAAAGCUUUCCCAGUUUUGUUAA